GGGGCGGAAAAAUAGAAGUGUGGCGAUAAGAUACCAGAGUGGAGGUGUUUAUUUAAGUGGUGUCAUGUCUCUGGUGCAUACUGACACCAUUCUGGACGAGCUGCUUGUUUCAGUGGGAGGCACAACAUCACCAAAGAGAAGCCUUAUGAGGAGUAAGAUAGGGGGACUGAAAUAGCAUUUCUGAUAACUUUUGGUCUCUGUGCCAGAUGGAUUAGUGGCACUUCCUUCUCCUGCAUUUUUGUCUUGCCCCUGAGCUGUUAUUCUAACUGUGUUUCACUCUAAUCAUGAGUAAACCGGUGACUCUGGCCACCUGCAUUGCCAAGAUGUAUGAAGGUGCCAAGCUGGACAACUCUGGAGCAGUAUCUGGGACACCAAAGAAGGCCAGUUCAACUCUUAUGGGAAGUCUUGGUCACAUUGAAAAGAAAAUAAUCCUCCUGGAAGGAAGAGUUGAACAGAUCACAAAUACACAGAGUUUAAUGCUCCAGAAAUUAGAAUCAGUAUGCCAAGGAAUGGGUGCGUUGGAGAAAAACGUUGAACAAUUCAGACAAGAAAAAACUCUGGGACAAUCUUUCAUGAAACCUCUUGAUAGAGAUCAAGACAUGAGCGACUCAGCUGUGAUUUCAGAGGUCAGAUCCCUUUGUGAAGAAACGGUGGCCCUUCUGAUGAGCUUGAAACAAGAAGGCCAGCGGCAGAGAAAAAAAAUUGAGGGAAUAGAAAGUUCAGUGUCCACCCUGGAUAAAGUUUUCGGGUACGUGGGCGAAGUUUUUCGCAGCUCAAAGAUAGUAGAGUUCAUUCUCAGUGGUGUCGUGCCUUGGAGGAAGCAAGGUCUUCUUAACACAUCAGAGGAUGAGAAAAAUACAUCAGAUGAUGCCACAAAGGCCAAAGGCUCUUUCUGUAACACAGGAACUCAGGCUCCAGAGGAAAUUAAUGAGCAACCUGCAGUCACAUACAAGCAUCAAGAGCAUAAAAUUAAGUCUCCAGCCCUCAUUUCCUCUCCCGCUGUGACAACAAAAGUUCCAGUUUCUAAAUCCCUGCGGAGGCCAAAAGAGGUGACGCUGAAGAGCAGAGAGCCAGGCCAAGUCCAGGCCUUUUCUCCUGAGAGCCCGAGUGAGUCCGAAGCUCCUGAAGUUAGUAAAGAUCAUAAGUCUGCAGAAACAUUGACUGUGACUGCAGCUCCUCUGCUUGAGAGCAAAACCUCAGAAACACACAGUGCUUUAGAGCAGACAAAUGCUCCUGUAGUUGCUCUCCUGCUGUCUGUGGAUUCUUUAAUUAAAAAAGAGGAGCCAAAUCAGAAGAGGGAAUGUGAGCAUAAAACAAAAGAAGUCCCUAAAGCCAAGCCAUGUCAUGCUGCAAAGCCGGACCUGCCAAUCAUGGCAAACUUGGAACAGAAGGAGACAGCUGCUCUGGAAAGUCCACAGCUGAGAGAAGCUGAAUAUGAGCCAAGACCCGAACUGCUCACCCAGAAAACCAAUACUGAGACUGUACAUGUGGUCCUGGAGAACCCCGAUACACCCCAGAGCAAAAUCAAACCUUCAAUAAAUGUUGAAGUGGAGGGGUUUGUACCAGAGAGUGAGGCUGAUUCAAAAUCAACAAGUCUGGAUUUACAGUUUCCUAUCAUUGAUGAUUGCCCUCCUCGACCUGCCCCUUUUGAGCAUCGCAUUGUCAGUGCCAAGCAGGUUCCCAUCGGCUCCUAUUACAGUGUGGAACCCAACAAGUUGCUGGGAGGGGGUCGCUUUGGCCAGGUUCACACGUGUGCUGAGCUCUCUUCAGGUCUCACUCUGGCAGCUAAGAUUAUAAAAGUGAAAGGGAUGAAAGAAAGGGAGGAGGUGAAGAAUGAGAUUGGGAUGAUGAACCAACUAAAUCAUGUAAACCUCAUUCAGCUGUAUGACGCAUUUGAGUCUCGGACCAAUCUCACCCUUAUAAUGGAAUACGUCGAGGGUGGUGAGCUGUUUGACCGCAUUGUAAAUGAACAAUAUCAACUGACAGAGUUGGACGCCAUCGUGUUCGUGCGUCAGAUCUGUGAGGGAGUGCAGUACCUCCAUCAGCAGUACAUCCUGCAUCUGGACCUGAAGCCUGAAAAUAUACUGUGUGUCAGCAGCAACAGCAACCAAAUCAAGAUCAUUGAUUUUGGACUUGCUAGAAAAUAUCGACCCAGAGAGAAGCUGAAGGUCAACUUUGGGACGCCUGAGUUUUUGGCACCUGAAGUGGUGAAUUACGAUUUUGUGUCAUUCCCUACAGACAUGUGGAGUGUUGGCGUCAUCACUUAUAUGCUUUUAAGUGGCUUAUCACCUUUCCUGGGUGAAAACGACGCCGAGACUAUGAACAACAUCCUUCACGCCAACUGGGACUUUGACGCUGAGGCAUUUGAGAACGUGUCAGAAGAAGCGAAAGACUUCAUCGCCAAAUUACUCAUCCCUGCAAAAUGCAGUCGACUGAGCGCUUCAGGCUGUAUGAAACACAGCUGGCUGAAUAAUUUGGAGGAAAAAGCGAAGCAACACCGAGUCCGUCUCAAAUCCCAAAUGAGACUACAGCGAUACUUAGCAGCUCAUCGUCAGUGGAAGAAACACUUCAAUGCGGUGACGGCAGCCAACCGGCUUAAAAGGUUCCAGCAGAGCAGAUCCAUCAGUGUGCUGUGAUUCUUACAAAAAUACAGGACCGAGGAGGAAAAGAUGAACAUUCCUUUCUUCUUCUGCUCAUAACAGCUUCACCGAGGCUGUGUGAAGUGUGUGAAGAUGAUGGGGCAAUGAACAUGGCACAGACUGGCACCAUGUUGAGUGGAUGAUUUUAUUGUAUUUUAGUUAAUCAAAGAAAGAGCAGCUGAUUGAAAAUCAUUUCAUUGUAGUUUCAUUUUUAUUGUAGUAAUGUGAUGAUUCAGUGUCCACAUUUUUUUGUUUUUACCACAACCAAAAAACUAUCGCACACUCAUGGAAAACUAAUUCUCCCUUCUGUGAAGGUGUUUUUUUUUUCAUAUUCUGAUAUUCCAAAUUACCCUCUCUUACCUCACGAUAGUUAAAAACUCAUUUACAAGCCUACAAGUUGUUUUCUUUUACUUGCUUCUUUCCUCUUGUGACACACUUGUUCAAUUCUGCAAUAAACUCAUCUAUACACUU